UGCGAGCUGUGCGGCUACAGCAGCGCGGUGAAGGCCAACACGCGCCGGCACGUCCGCGGGCACGUCGGAGACCGGCCGCACCGAUGCGAAGCGUGCGGGAUGGGCUUCUCCCGGAAGGACAUCCUGGCCCGUCACAUGACGGUCGCAGCCGACGCGGAGUUCACGUGGAGCGGGAAGACGCAGGGGAGCCCGCUCCUCCACUUCUGCCGACUGUGCGACUACCGCUCGACCCGGAGGACCGACCUGGCCAGGCACGUCCGGACCCACACGGGCGUGCGGCCGUACGACUGCGGGGAGUGCGGACGGCGGUUCACCCAGAAGGCGAAUCUCACUCGCCAUCUCACAGUCGCAGCCGACAUGGAGUUCGGAUGGAGCGGCAAGACGUGGGGGAACAUCCGCCUGCACUUCUGCCGACUGUGCGACUACCGCUCGCCGAAGAAGGCCGACGUCGCGCGGCACGUCCGCACCCACACGGGCGCGAGGCCCUACACCUGCGAGGACUGCCGCAAGAGCUUCUGCCAGAAGGCGCACCUCACCCGCCACCGCAUCAGCCAUCUGAAUCUGCUGCAAAUCCACUUCUGCGAGCUGUGCGGCUACAGCAGCGCGGUGAAGGCCAACACGCGCCGGCACGUCCGCGGGCACGUCGGAGACCGGCCGCACCGAUGCGAAGCGUGCGGGAUGGGCUUCUCCCGGAAGGACAUCCUGUCCCGUCACAUGACGGUCGCAGCCGACGCGGAGUUCACGUGGAGCGGGAAGACGCAGGGGAGCCCGCUCCUCCACUUCUGCCGACUGUGCGACUACCGCUCGACCCGGAGGACCGACCUGGCCAGGCACGUCCGGACCCACACGGGCGUGCGGCCGUACGACUGCGGGGAGUGCGGAAGGCGGUUCACCCAGAAGGCGAAUCUCACUCGCCAUCUCACAGUCGCAGCCGACAUGGAGUUCGGAUGGAGCGGCAAGACGUGGGGGAACAUCCGCCUGCACUUCUGCCGACUGUGCGACUACCGCUCGCCGAAGAAGGCCGACGUCGCGCGGCACGUCCGCACCCACACGGGCGCGAGGCCCUACACCUGCGAGGACUGCCGCAAGAGCUUCUGCCAGAAGGCGCACCUCACCCGCCACCGCAUCAGCCAUCUGAAUCUGCUGUGA